GAAGGCCGCCCUGACACUCGCCUUCCCGUCUCUGCAGGCUGUGUCAUCACCAUCUCUGGACGUAUGACCUUCACGAGCAAUAAAUCCAUGGAAAUCGAGGUCUUGGUGGACGCCGACCCCGUGGUGGACAACUCACAAAAGCGCUACCGGGCCGCCAGUGCCUUCUUCACCUACGUGUCCCUGAGCCAGGAGGGCAAGCCGCUGCCCGUGCCCCAGCUCGUGCCUGAGACCGAGGACGAGAAGAAGCGCUUUGAGGAAGGUAAAGGGCGGUACCUGCAGAUGAAGGCGAAGCGACAGGGCCAAGCAGAGCCUCAGGCCUAGACCCCUCCUCCUGCCGCCAGGCCUCGAGGAGCUGCAGCAGCAGACCCGGUGUCCUGUCACUUAGAAGUUACCCUUGGCCAGAACCCCGAUUCAUGUUGAGAGCUGGUGUCGUGUGAAGUAUUCGUAUCGCAGUGUUAACCUAUACUCUUUCCUGAAAGCCUACACACCAAAGCUUUAUUUAUAUCAUUCCAGUGUAAACGCUACACAGUAUUGUCCCCAACGCCGGGAGGCAUUCCACAGAAGCCCUCGGGAAUGCUCCCGAGCACACUGUGGGUUUGUGCAGAGUCCAGCACCACUAAUAAAGCUGCUGUUUGGCUGGA